AUGGCGCAUCGGGCAGCACACUCACGCUCAAGCUCCGGAUGGGGCCGUCAGAAGCAAAAGCCGCCUCCAGACCCGCUAGAGAAGCCUGGAUAUGCGUCCAAGGGUGACAGCGCACUCGUUGAAAUCCAGGCCCAAGAGUCUUAUUUCAGGCUCAUCAUGGAUCGGUAUGCCCAGUUCUGCAGGGACAACUCCGAUAACCUGCAAGCUGCAUUCACGUCUCUGCCCAGGGAUCCCUCUGAAGAUGCUACUAAAAAUCCACCAGCGAGCUUGCCUCAGAAACAGGACCCGAAAAAGCAAGCCGCUCAACGCACCACACUAGCAGCUAAGGAGCUUUCGGUUAUUCUGGUUGCCCUUAGGAAAUUGAGAGAAGCCAUCCUAGCCACAGCAGCGAAGACCCCGGUGCCCUUCUCGCAGGAAGUCCACAUAUUUUGUGUCCGGACCGCUCUUCUCGCGGGUCACCCGCCUUCGUAUUAUCCGCCCCUGGAACGAUUACUGACAACCCUUAAUACACCAGCCCAUCCGCUUGGGAUUUCGGCGUUGAACGAGUUCCUAACUUAUUUCAUCUUCGAUUUUGCUUGCCGCCAAGAAGAUAUUGUUACUGCGAUCCGGUUGCGCGACAGGGCAGAGGUGAAGAUCGGAUACCAGCACGAGAUACUUGACAAAGCCCUUUUGGCUCUAACCCAUGAUGACUGGAUCUCGUUCUGGAAAACUAGAGAUCAUGCGGAUGGCUAUAUCAGGUCGCUCAUGGAUUGGGCUGCCGACAAUAUGCAGCUUCGUGCCCUUAAAGCCAUUGGGAAAUCGUAUAUGACCGUGGACUUGGAGUUUCUGAUUGAAUCCUGUACCGGUCGAAAAGAUGGUUGUACUUGGGAGGAGCUGGUGCAAAAACAUAAUCUUGGCUGGAAGAGAGACAAUAACAAGGUGACCAUCAGAAUCAGGAAGUAG